CACCACUCGGCGAGGAGGUGUCUUGUACAGGUAGAAGGGAAAGAGGGUACGCAGCGAAGAGGGUAUAAACGCCAGAUCAAUCCAAGCUGGUGCUCUGUCUGACCUGCAAGCGCCUCUCGAGCCACCUCUCACCACCUUUGCCACUAACCUGCAGAGGCACAUGCAUACUGCGGCGGCGUUGUUAUUCCUGAUGAUGGGCAUGAUCGCGCCGUUCUCGUGCAAAAUCGGCGUAUUGCCCAGCUCCAUCCCCAAAGACGAUUUCUACGACCUGCCAGACAAUGUGUAUAUCGGCCCAGGUGGUGAGAUCACCGUCAGACCGGACAGACCGAAGCAUUUCAUCACGGCGGACGAGCUCAAGUUGUAUCUGGACCAGCUGCGGACUUAUUACGCUAUGGCCGGAAGACCAAGAUUUGGGAAACGGGAUCCUGUCGUUGCUGUGCAGCACCACACAGUGACGGCGGGAAAGUCGAGAGAAAUGCACCACCUGGCCCUUCCGGAGGACGACUAUGGCGAUCCAGCGGGAGAGCCCUUUCGGAGGGACCCUGCUAACAAUGACGACGCUUAAACAGCAACAGCGCACGACCCUGGCCAAGUUUCGCUACUUCCUCUCUGCUCACUGAUCUCGUGCGCGUUCGCCUGAACGGACUGCACGCAAAAAUAAAAAUGUUGUGUCUAAUAGUGUGUUACGUUUCAAGCAAUCUACAAUGGAAAAUGAUCAAAAAAAGAUAAGUGAUUUUUCAUUUUGUUGCGCAGAAUUUGCGAUCUUUCGAAAAAAAAAAUCUUUAACUAUAAUCACGACUUAGAAAUACUUACAUAAUAAUAAAGUAAUAAAACUGGUGUGCAUGACUGUGAGUUUAAGCGGAGCAAAUAAAAACUCAAACGAGAUACUUUCAGAUA